AAGCAGAAAGUACCUAGUCUUUACAAUACAAGUGUUACGCCUAUGGCCAACACAACAAAAAGUAAUAUGCAUUUUCUGACGUCCCCUGGUUGAAAUUGAUCGGUAUUUAAAAUUUCAGAUUGAAUGGUCAUACAAAUUGAAAUCGUUGAAAUAUGGUAAAGAGGUUCUUUUCUUCAACUGACCAUCAACCAUAUAAGAUUCGAAUAGAAGGACUGCCGCAGUACAGUUCGUUGUGAAAGGGUGAAUAUUCAUAAAUUAUAGAAUAGUUUGGGUAGGCCUUGUUUUCCCACGGUCCACAUUAUUACACACACCGUCUCCCUAUACAACAUGCGGUACAGAGAGAGAAGGAGAUUGUAGAAUAGUGAAGGGUGCGCGGUGCUGAGCGAGGGGCGAGAGACCUCCUAUCACAGUCUGCAGCGGAGGUUUUAUCGAAAAAUUGUGUUUAGUGUUUCGAAAAAAGGUGCAUUUUCUACUCACCUGCUGUAAGGGCUAUUCCACACAUGAAGACUAGCUAAGGUCACGUGACUGCGACGGCUUGCAACUAUUAGUCGAUCUAGCUGUUCUGCGCAGUGCCUGCCUUGUUGGGAACCGUACAAUCUUCUGAAAAUGGCUGCUCAUGGUAGUGCUAGUGUUUCCUUUGUUUAGGACUUGAAAGAAAAGUUGGUGAGUUUUGUGAAAAUGCCCAGCGCCUCAUUCACGGCCUCCAGGUCGUAUGUGAGGAGAUCCCGAAGGAAAGGAGCUAACAGAAUACCUACACCGUCUAGAACAACGUCUGCAGAACCAUGUGAAACUUCUUGCCCCAUCCAGCCAAACCAGAACAUUCCAGCGCCGUCAGCCGUGGCUCCCGGAGGGGCCCAAGCUCUCGCCCCCCCCGGCACGAGUACCAGCGCCGGCGGGGGCGCUGUACCGACCCACCAUUCGCCCUACGACCUCAGAAGGAAAUCCCCCUCGCAUCACGAUGGUCCCGGCCCCAGCACGAGCGCCGCUACGGCCGGCUCCCCGACCUCACCCGCAACCCCCACGGCCCCCGCCCAAGGCUACACAUCGGCGAUGCUGCCGGCGAGGAAGAGACCACGCCGGACUUGCUCCGCGUCGUACGAAAAUUGUACAAAUACUGCCGCUCACUAUCUGCAGUACGAGCUGCCCGACGAAGUUUUGCUCACAAUUUUCAACUACUUAUUGGAACAGGACUUGUGCCGCGUCAGUCAAGUUUGUAAGAGAUUCCAAGCCAUAGCCAACGACACGGAAAUAUGGAAGCGACUCUAUCAGAGUGUGUACGAGUACGACUUGCCGCUGUUCAAUCCAUCUCCGUGUCGUUUCGAAUUCGUUAGUCCUGAAGAAUCGGACCUGGCCAACCCGUGGAAGGAAUCCUUCAGGCAGCUGUACCGUGGCAUACACGUUAGAUUAGGUUAUCAGGACAUUCCAUUCAAGGGGCGGAAUUUGGUUUAUUUCAAUACGGUGCAGGGUGCUUUGGACUACGCCGACGAACGCAGCGGUUCGGGCAGCUCUUCCGGUUCAGUAACGGGACUGUGCAAUCACUCCAGCGAAGGUGCUGGACCGGGCGCCCUUAUCUUCCUUCAUGCCGGAACGUACCGUGGAGAGUUCCUCGUCAUCGAUUCCGACAUAUCUUUGAUAGGUGCGGCCCCUGGAAACGUAGCAGAGUCCGUCAUCCUGGAGAGAGAGUCCGAAUCGACGGUCAUGUUCGUCGAAGGUGCCAAGAACGCGUACGCGGGGCACCUGACUUUGAAGUUUUCGCCGGACGUCACUUCGACGGUACCGCAUCACAAGCAUUAUUGUUUAGAGGUAGGAGAGAACUGCAGUCCGACUAUAGAUCAUUGCAUUAUUCGGAGUACUUCUGUAGUCGGCGCAGCUGUAUGUGUGAGUGGAGUGAGCGCCAACCCCAUAAUUCGUCACUGUGAUAUAAGCGAUUGCGAGAAUGUAGGCCUUUACGUAACCGACUACGCCCAAGGCACUUACGAGGACAACGAGAUCAGCCGGAACGCCUUGGCCGGAAUUUGGGUGAAGAAUUACGCGAACCCAAUCAUGCGUCGAAACCACAUACAUCACGGCAGGGACGUGGGAAUUUUUACAUUCGAUAAUGGAUUGGGUUACUUCGAAGCGAACGACAUCCACAACAACCGCAUAGCCGGCUUCGAGGUGAAAGCUGGUGCGAACCCAACUGUCGUCCACUGCGAAAUCCACCACGGCCAGACGGGCGGUAUCUACGUCCACGAGAAUGGCCUCGGUCAAUUCAUCGACAACAAGAUCCACUCAAACAACUUCGCCGGCGUGUGGAUCACUUCUAACAGCAACCCGACGAUACGCCGCAAUGAGAUCUACAACGGACACCAGGGAGGAGUCUAUAUUUUCGGCGAGGGCAGGGGUCUCAUCGAGCAUAACAACAUCUAUGGCAACGCCCUGGCCGGUAUUCAGAUACGAACGAACAGCGAUCCGAUUGUAAGGCACAACAAGAUCCAUCAUGGCCAGCACGGAGGGAUUUAUGUGCACGAGAAGGGUCAGGGGCUGAUUGAAGAGAACGAGGUGUAUGCCAACACGUUGGCAGGAGUGUGGAUCACGACGGGCAGCACCCCUGUGUUGAGAAGGAACAGGAUCCACUCAGGGAAGCAGGUCGGCGUGUAUUUCUACGACAACGGUCAUGGCAAACUGGAAGACAACGAUAUCUUCAAUCACCUAUAUUCGGGCGUGCAGAUCCGGACAGGCAGCAACCCGGUAAUCAGGGGCAAUAAGAUAUGGGGCGGCCAAAAUGGCGGCGUUCUGGUGUACAACGGUGGGCUGGGUCUGUUGGAGCAGAACGAGAUAUUCGACAACGCCAUGGCGGGCGUCUGGAUCAAGACCGAUUCGAAUCCGACGUUGAAGAGGAACAAAAUCUUCGACGGGCGAGACGGCGGGAUUUGCAUAUUCAACGGGGGAAAGGGUAUAUUGGAGGAAAAUGACAUAUUCCGCAACGCCCAGGCAGGCGUUCUAAUUUCGACGCAGAGUCAUCCGAUCUUGAGGAGGAACCGCAUCUUCGAUGGACUCGCUGCUGGGGUGGAGAUUACCAACAACGCUACUGCGACAUUAGAAUUCAACCAGAUAUUCAAUAACAGGUUCGGUGGCCUCUGUUUGGCCAGCGGCGUGCAGCCGAUCGUGCGAGGCAACAAGAUAUUCAACAAUCAGGACGCCGUCGAGAAGGCCGUUUCAAACGGCCAGUGUUUGUACAAAAUAUCGAGCUACACUUCGUUUCCCAUGCAUGAUUUUUAUAGGUGUCAAACUUGUAAUACUACAGACAGAAAUGCCAUCUGCGUGAAUUGCAUCAAAACCUGCCAUGCUGGACAUGACGUGGAGUUUAUCAGGCAUGACAGAUUUUUCUGCGACUGCGGUGCCGGCACUCUCACCAACCAGUGCCAGUUGCAAGGCGAGCCAACGCAAGACACUGACACGCUCUACGAUUCAGCAGCCCCCAUGGAAUCGCACACGUUGAUGGUUAACUAGAGACUGCAAGAACGCCGUAUCUGUACCAUUGUAAUUCGUUGAUUUGAAGAUAGACGAGUGAGUGCGAAAACAUUUUGUCGUGAAUCGCCGGACUUGUUUAUUUGAAAUUCGGGGCGAUGUUCGCGAAAACGGGUGUGCACAAAUCUAUGGAAAAAUGCGAGAUAAGGACUGUCGCAAGGAGAAGGUUUUGUCGCCAAGGUAGGUUUUCGUACUCUACGAUCCUUCUACGACCUCAUACUCGCAGUACCGAAUGAAGUAUUAGGUGUUAUCUCGUGUUUUUCGAAAAUGGACGGAACUUUAAAAUCUAUCAGUGUUUGUUGUUGUGAAAAUGCUUAGCAAUAUUGAGAAAAAAAUGUUUACGCAUAGCACGACUGAGGUUACACCAAUUAUAGGGUUAGACAAUCAACACUUGCGCUUCCAUAUGUAUUUUCUUUUAAAUAUUAAUUUCCUGAACCGUU